AUGGCUGAGGAUGCGGUGGAUCGGCAGCUGGCGCUGGUGGUGGAGAUCGAGGAGGCGGGGCGCGCCGCCAAGGUGCAGCUCGAGAACUGCCUGCUGCUCAGCGACCGCCUCGGCAUCCUCCGCCCGUUGCUCAAGGACAUGCGGCCGUGGUUGGCGGCGGUGCAGAUGGGUCGGCAGCAGGUCGCCAUCGACGCCAUCCUGCUGCGCCUCGAGAGGUGCGCUCGCCUGCCGUCCCUUGGUGGUUUCUAUUAA